UGUUGUCUGCGGUGAUACCAUAAACACUGCAAUAUGAAGACUCACAUGACCGCCACCCGUUUCCAUCCCUGAACAACACACAGAUGUUUGUAAAAUCAGCCCACAUUUUAUGUGUAGGUGCUGUAACUGGGGCAAAAAGUAGACAUGGGGAAUAAAAGGAGGAGGGAGGAUGCCAGCUGAGACCCUCAUCCCUAUACAACUGCCAACAUCAGACUAAAAAAAAACACACAGAGAAAAUGGCUCAGUCUGUGAGGAGGCCCAAGAUUCUAGGAGCCAUGGACCACGAGCCACAGAGGGACAUGACCAGGACCAGCUACUUUGGCAACGUCAAGACCAGACUGGGUUCCAAGCUCCCUCCUGGCGUCUCUCAGCCUCCGCAGUUUGCUAAGCGGCCCUGGGAGACUUCACCCCGUGUGAUGGAGGAGCCAGCAGCCAGCAGCCAGCGGCAGAACCAGCCCAUUGUGGGCCGGCCCCUGAACCACAUCCCCCACAUCAGAAAUCCCAAACUGCGACAGUACUACCUGCAAGGGACUUCAUGGGAUUUAAACAAUACUGCAGUGAUGCAAGAGCACAAGGAUGGGUCAUCAGAUAACAACACAAGCUGCAGGGGUCUCCCUGAAGACACAGUGUUCAGCGUGUCAUCUCAGUUCAGCAGUAACAGUAGGUCCUCGGCAGAAGGAGGCAAAAUGGGCCACGUUCCCUCCCAUUCCUCUUCAAGUGUACCCUCCUCCUCUGCUUCCCUCCUCUCUAGAGAGCAGCUGGUCGUACCAAAGGGAAAGAACACUCCCACCGGUGGAGGAUCGUCUCAGCCAGAACUGGACUCUGAUCUUAAACCAAAGCAAGAGCGGGUUGCAGAUCCAGACUCUUUGGAUAUACUCGCUGCUCAGCCUCCUUCCCCCUCACCAGACGCAGAGUAUGACAAACUACUGGAUGUGGAGGCGGUGCCGAUGCCUGACGGACAGCUUUGCUUACUGGCUCUGCCACCAGAAUGCUGUCAGGGGGAGGGACCAGAGGCCAUGCAGUACCUCAAACUGUUCUGUCGCUACAUCACCGACCGUAAGGGUGUGGUUUCCGGUAUCCUGUUGGUGACUUCUAAUAAGAUCUUCUUUGACCCGUUUAAAACCCAUCCUCUGGUGAAGGAACAUGGCUGUGAGGACUACCUCCUGUCGUGCUCUGUUGACAAUCUGGCAUCUGUCUCCUUCUUCUCUGACAUCUCGAAUAUUCACUUCAACACAUCCCAGCAGAGGAGAAAAGGAAAGAAAAUGUUCCAGAAGUUGAAAACUGCCAAAAGGCGAGCAGGCGGAUUCCCAAACCAGGAGGAGUCAGUCCCUGCUCUGGUGUCUGUGGCUCCGUCAGAAUUGUCCAGUCUGGCUCUGAGUCUGACCAAAGAGUUCUCUGAGGAGGAGGGGGCAGAGAGCAGAGACAUGGCAGAGGCCGAGGGGGAGCUUGAUAGCAGCCCGCUGGAGGUGCUGUCAGAGGCUUCUGUGGGUGUCCUGGGGGUGGCUGUCCUGAGCAGUGCUACCACCUUCUGCUGUGGAGGUCAAGAGGAGGCGAGCAAAGUGAAGACGGAGCGGCUGCACUCCUCUGUGAAGAGUCAGACCGCAGCGCCUCUGAGGUCAUCAGCAGGUAGUCCCGGCAGUCUGAUGUUUGUGCGACUGCGGGCUCAGCCGUCUGCAGGAAAGAAAAAGGGUGUUGGAGGCCUUCAGCUGGGGUUGGCCAAAACCUUACCCAGAAGGGAUUCCUGGCUUGCCCUCUCACAAGACAGCUCUGAUGAGCUGUAUGCCUACCUUACACACUGUCGACCAGAUUUAUGUAUACUUGAGGGAGGAGAGGAGGAGGGGGAGGCGGACCACGACGAAGAGGAGUUUGUGCUCAUAGAGGACAAAGAGGAAGAGGAGGAGGAGGAUGAAGAAGUGCUCCAGAGGCACCGCAGCUCAGGUGACGACUGGGAGAUGGUGUUGAUGGAAGAGAGUGAGGACAAGCCGACCCUGGUCAUUGACAGGGAUCCUGAAGGUCUCAGUAAUAUUGUAGAGAGCAGCCGCAUUUUAGAAGCCGCACAUGUCCGAGAGCUAUGUAAGGAGCUUCCCCCCAGGACUGUCGGCUACACCUGGCAGCUGGCUUACAGUACGUCCCGUCAUGGCUCCAGCCUCAAAUCCCUCUACAGAAAACUCAGUACCACAGACUCCCCCGUGCUUAUAGUCAUCAAGGAUGCGCUUGAUGAGAUAUUCGGGGCCUUCCUCUCUCACCCUCUGAGGAUCAGUGAGACAUUCUACGGCACAGGAGAAACCUUCCUCUUCAUGUUGCAUCCUCGCUUCAAGUGCUUCAGAUGGACAGGAGAAAACUCCUUUUUUAUUAAAGGAGACUUGGACUCCUUUGCUAUUGGUGGAGGCAGUGGUCACUUUGGUCUGUGGGUGGAUGAGAAUUUGUACCUGGGUCGCAGCAGCCCCUGCUACACCUUCAAUAACUGCUGCCUCUCCGAAACUGAUGACUUCCGGGUAAUGGAGCUAGAAGUGUGGACGUUCAGCUGAAGAGACCGAGCGGGCCGCUGAAAUUCUCUUUGACUCACCUCGUCCCUGCUGAUCAGCUUUUAUGAAGACAGCGUUUAUCACUGAGCAAAAACAAACACAGCCACUCAUUCAUUUCGUGGUUACAUAUAUGUCAAAAAAAAAUCUACCACAAACUGCUGAAUCAUCCGUGUGAUUAACUGCUGUGGAUUUUAGUGAACUGAAAUGAACUGAUCUUGAGCAGCUCGAUGUCCCAGUGUGGACUGUUUCGUGGUUGACUCAUUCCUGUGGGUUUGGCAACCAAGCUGAGUUCAGCUGAACUGAGCGGAGCUGAGCUGUUAUGAAACUGGAUUUUUGAAUCCUCAUUUUUGAAUGGAGUUGGUUACAAGUCUGAGACUGCACUUUGCUCUUAAUGUGAAUCAGUAACUUCAUGAUGUCUCAUCGUUGAUCGUCCGAACAUGACAGUACACCUGUCUCUAUAGGUAAUGCAUGUACCCACUUUCUCUGUGUUCAGUUGAUGCUGGACGUUUGGAGCACACAUUAGUCUUCUUAUGAAUAGAUUUCUCUAUUGAAAACCAUACAGCACGUGCACAGCCCACAAAUACAAGCGCCCUUCAUCAGACUCCAAUCAUUUUAUGGGUGGUAUAAAUUAGCAUCAAAGACAGCAGAAAUGAAUGCUGAAAAUAAUCGUGAGGAGAAAAGCUUCCCAACUGAAGAACAUCUGUAUUUUCAAUGGAUCUUAGUCUCAUUCACGACUAUUCUGGACUCUUUUCAUUCCAAGUGCUGACUCAUACGCCACUGUGGUUUCUGAACAUGAAAGAUAAAGCUCGAGAAUUAACUUCAAAUCAUUCAACUGUAUCCGUAAAGUGCUGUCACGCCGAAUGCUUGAUCUACUUGACUUCUACUUUGUAGAUUAGUUAAUAAAAUCAGCACAAAGUGAAAAUGUUAACUCUAAAAACAUUUGUGUGAUUGUUAAACUGUACUGUGCGUGCUAAAUGUUUCCAAAAAGAACACAAUUUCAGUUUGUAAGAGUAAAACCGGUUUUAUUUGACCACAGAAUAACAGUGUUGCCCCCCUACAGGCUCAGAGCAGUCAGAUGUUUCACCCUGUAUGACCUUGAAAGUCAAAUUCCAAUUUAUCAAAUUUCCUUGUUACUAUUUCUAAUUAGUUUACCUGUUCCCCCCCGUUUUCUUCCAUUUCAUACUUAAGAACAGAAACUAGGACCUGAAGAGGAUUUAUUUUGUAAUGACUGGAAAAGGUGAUAAUGAGACAAAUUGUGAAAAAAUAGCUAAUUAUAGGUCCAGAUUGUCAUCAAGGAUUGCCUGCUGUCUAGCUAAAGACACAAGAAAAUACAUAGCUUUGAUUGGAGCCAAAAAGAGGAUAACUGUAUACAGUAACAUGUGCCUCUCGUGAUACUUUGACUAUUUGGUUCCAUUCGAGUUACAUAAAUAUGUAACUAAUAUGUAAAUGUAAUGUAAAUGUAAUGUAAAUAUGAUGUGGCACCCAACCUAUGCAGGCCAGCUCCUGUACAUAUUAAAAACAAUGUUCUUUGUGUGGUCA